ACUAUACAAUUAUUUUUUGUGACAGAAAGUCGGGUUUGGAAGCAUUUGAUAUUAGAUUUGAUGAGCAUGCGCCAAAAGUGGCAUUGCCACAAGGGGCCUUUGUGGGAGAUUAGUGGUUAUGUUGUUGUUUAUCCACCCACAAUUCAUAGGUCGAACAAGCAUGGGUUGUUUGACAAGAUAUUGGAAUUAAGUUAUGCUAUGGCAGAAGAGGGUUUUUGGACCGAGAAGGAUCUCAAGUUCACUGCUGCUUGGCUUCAGGACUUGCUUGCUGUGAGAUUUGCUGCUGGUUUGUUCUCAGCUCCUACGGAGUGUUUGCUUCAUGCGCUUGAUAUCGCGCUAGAGCUGCUUGACAAGCACGAUGCCUCUGUGGACAUGGAUCCCUAUGGAUUUGCCACCUGCUUUAGGAUCGUCACCUUUUCAUUAUCGGAGCUCCAGUAGAGCUUUAAUCAACUCUUUUUCACCACCUGUGAACAUCUCACCGGCUUUAAACUCAGAACAGGGAUAAAAUCGAACGAUUGAU